UUGCUACGACUCUUCCCAUAGUUGUAAGUAAAGUACAUUUUGACAACCUCAAACUUAAUUUUGGUUUUGGAAACAAUGUCUAUACUCAAACGGAAAACUCCGUAUUUGGAAAAGGGCGAGAUCGAUUGCGAUGAGGAACCAGAAUCCCCUUUAAAGAAACUGAAGACCCUCGAAUCACUUGUUGAUUCUGACGAGGAAUCAGAACCUGUUUUUAAGCACCUGGGGUUCUUGGAAUCACUUAUUGAUUCUGACGAGGAACCAGAAUCUCCUUCAAAGAACUUGGAAAGAUCCGAAUCACCUGUGGAUAUAGAACCGUCUCCCGAAUCCACGCCCGAAUCUUCUCCCGAAUCACUUCCACAGAAAUCAUUCAAGUCCACAUUAUCCUCUCGACAGGUUUCAAUGAUGGAAUAUGAAUUUGACGGGGAUCACUUUUUUGAGUCUUUCUCAAACAAACAAGUGAGAUUCGCGUCACCACUUGAACACGUCAAAGAAUUCUAUAAAACUGAAACGCUCGAAUUCCCAUUAAGAGAAGGCCCUUUCAGUCAGAAUUAUGUACUUUGUCCAAAGAUUCCGGAAAGGGUCCCUGCUCUGGUUACUCCUCAAUUAACUAGAAGCCAGCCUAUUCUGUAUUUCAAAGCGAACCCGACUCCUCCAGCUCGACCAGGUACCCCAAUUCCUCUACCUGCACCUCGACCAGCUAAUGCUGUGCUUCACCCACCCCUGCAAGAAACUUCGAUCCCUCCACCUACACCUCGACCAGCACCUCGAACAGUUGAUGCUACGCUUCCUCCCACCCUGCAAGCUUUUGUUACGCUUGGCUUGCUAUGUGAUAGAAACGGCUCUAAUAAAGAUGAGGAUAGCAAAGAGUCAACUGCUUCUUCUUCUACCCCUUCUUCUCGACCAGUUGUUGCUCAAAAGAUCGAAUCCCGCGUUCUAUACAGUAAGAACUCCAAAUCUAUUAUUAGUGUAAGCAAAGAUCAAAAUAAUGGCGAAAAUUCUGAUGGCGGCAAGGAUUCUGGUGAUAAGGGGCAUUCUGGUGAUAGGAAGGAUUCUGGUGAUAGGGAGGGUUUUGGUGAUAGAGAAGAUUUUGAUGAUAGGGAGGGUUCUGGUGAUAGAGAGGAUUUUGAUGAUAAGGAGGAUUCUGGUGAUAGGAAGGAUUCUGGUGAUAAGGAGGAUUCUGGUGAUAGGAGGGAUUCUGGUGAUAAGGAGGAUCCUGGUGAUGGCGAUGAUUCCGGUGAUAGCGGGGAUUCUGGUGAUAGCGAGGAUUCUGGCGAUAGUGAAGGAUCUGACGAAGAAAAAGAUACUUCCUCGCGUCUUCUUCUCCGUUUAAAAGGACCCCAAGGUGUUCUUUCACCUCCUCAUGACUCAAGUGAAGCGGUACCUGCACCCACCAUAAAAACCGGCUCCGAUGACAAAAAAACCAAUAUGCAUUCUCCUUUUGUCCCACGAACUAACUCAUCCGACACUAAUCGGCUAGUUCUUCCCAAACUAUCUGUACCUAAAUCGGUGCUCACCAUGGGAAAGAAAAGGACUAAAGCCGAAAAAAUUAUUGGAGUUAGUUCUAUCGAGUCUCCUCAUUACAAUUACACUAUGGCAAUGUACAGAGGAUCUGAAUUGGGACCCCAAAUCGAAAAUCAUUCAAACUGUCGUUUUUGUGUUUCUCCUUGGGGAAAGUGGCCUCCACUUACAUCCAGAAAUAGCCUCUACCACUCGACACAGGAAAAAAGCGAUCCAAUGCCCUGGCAAAGGAAACGAAGGGUAAGCGUUUCUCGUAUCACAGGACCUCUCAUUCGCCCAAUCCUUCACUUCCGAAAAGAUUCCGACGAAGUAAUCACAACGAUCAUUGAAUUUACCGAUGCACCAGGAGAAGAUCGUCUUCUUGCAUUUAUUGAUCGUGCAGAGGAAGAUGCAAUUAAUGCAGGUAUGCCCGAGAACCGAGAACCGAUAAAACUUAUCGUUACGUGGGAUAAUGGUGCGCAGUUACAUACACUUCCGUUCGGAAAGGGAAACCGUGAUAAUUCUACAAUUCAUUUGAUUAAAACUACUAAGGAUUGGAGAGCGGCAAUUCGCCUAAUGCGAAAGGAGGAGUGGUCGAAUCAGAACUGGACUAUUUGGUGGAGUGAGAAGCAUGAGGAUCGUGAUGAGGAGAUGGAUGAAAUUCCACAGGAUGCAGGGAAUGGAUGCAAAGUGGUGUGAUGAGAAUUUUUCCGCUUUUUUAUAAGCAGAGGAUAUUGGAGGAGCACCCAACUUAUACGGCCUGAAAGGAUCUUACAACUUUCCAUUGUUUGAGAAGACUUUUAUCCCAUUAUUUCUCAUUACUGUCUAGACCUAUUUCAUGUACCAAAAAAAUCAAUGUUAUGCUCAGUGGAGUUUCAGUCAAAGAGGGUUUCCUGGUCUGGAUAGAAAGCUUUUAGGGCCUCCCAUAGCGGAAUUGUUAGUACAUAGUAACUUUAAUGGGUUUUA